UGCGAACCCAUUUCAUCUGUCAUUGCUGGACUCAAUUCCUCACUGCAGCGGGAGCAGCGUCCGAGGCUACCUCAUUGAAUCACGGCCAUCACAUACUUCGCAUCAAGCACCACACCAAGAGCCGGUAUCGAAUCAGCCUAGAAGGAGAUAUCAUCUCCUGCUCGGACUCAGCGUUGACGUGUACAUCGAGGUCCAUAUAACUCUCUCCACAAGAUGGAUGCCGCACUCCUCAAGCAGAUCCAAGCGGGGAAGGGCUUGAAGAAGACUCAGACGAACGAUCGUAGCGGACCGUCUGUGGCGGGUUCCGUUGGCGGUAGCGGGGGAGGAGGAGGAGGAGGUGGUGGUGGUGGUGGAGGAGGAGGUGCAAGACCGCCUCCUGCACCUUCGUCUGGUCCCCCUCCCGAUAACCCAGCUGCCCAAUUAGCUGGAUUGUUCGCGGGCGGUAUGCCCCAGUUGAAGAAGACAGGUGGUGGGGGAAGUUCAGCGGCGUCAAGUCUUGCGAAAGCGCCUCCAGUUCCCAGUCCCAGUAGAGCUCCUCCGCCAGCACCGCCUGCCGGUGGAACGCCUAGACGUGGACCUCCUGCUCCUCCUGCACCACCGACAAUACACCGGAAGCCUCCUCCCGUUGCGCCUCCUCCACCGCCAGGAAGAGGUGCACCGGCUCCGCCGCCUCCACCGCCCCCACCUCCGCCAGGAUCUUCGACUCCAUCUCGAGCCCCUCCAGCCCCUCCUCGGGCUCCUCCAGCGCCCCCGAGUCGAGGCGCUCCUGCUCCACCAGGCCGUCCAGCUCCUCCCUCUCCAGCCCCGCCUCGAUCAACGCCGCCCGCCCCGCCUUUACCCGGGCGAUCUUCUGCCGCCACACCAGGCCGCAGCGUUCCUCCACCGCCACCUCCACCUUCUCAUGCUCCUCGAGCUCCACCUCCGCCGCCUCGGCCAACUGGACCGCCUGCGCUGCCUGCGCGAACCCCAUCUCAUUCUAAUGCUUCCCCGGCACUUCCCAGCCGAACGCUGCCACCGGCCUUCCCGAGGUCAAGCUCAAAUGCCAGUGAUCUAGCUCCACCCCCGCCUCCUAGGCCAUCAGCUGCAGCUCCUCCAGCCCCCCCUGCGCCACCUGCACCUCCUGCACCUCCUCCUCCGUCAAGCGGACCUCGGCGUUUACCUCCGCCUUCGGCCAGGAUCCCUCCUCCUCCUCGACCUGCGACACCUGAAUAUGAAGAAGACGAGGACGACGACGCACCGCCUCCACUGCCCACUGGUACAAGUCCGGCAGCUCGAUCAAGAGCUGCGAGCGGAGCCGGUAUGCCUCCCCCUCCACCCCCGCUACCGCCCGCCCUAAACGGAGCUGCUCGUGCGCCACCAGCACCUCCUCCACUGGGACCAAGACCGAGCUCUGGGUACAUUCCCACUGCUCCUCCUCCUGUCACGGGCGCUUCGCCUGCUAGAAGUUCCUUGGCACCGCCCAUAUCGAGUAUGAAUGGAGGAUAUGAGAGCGAGGAGGAGGAGGUACCGGAGCCACCUGCGGUCGUUGGAUCAUGGACUUUCCCGAUGAAAGGCAUGUUCCCACCGCCUAGACCAUGGACUGGAGGUUUUAAAUCCUACGCUAGUGGCAAAUUGACGGGGGGAGGCACGGGUUUCAAGAUGUAAUCAAAGGUUGUCGGUAUUAGCUUAGCUUAGAAAAUCUUACCGUCCAGAGACAAGACUGAGAGAAGAAUAGGUCUAGUGGCAUGCAAGUGCGAGAAGUGGUCGGUUCUGCGCAACAUGACAAUUCACGAAGACUCGGUAGUUUGAAGGUGCUGCUGAGAUACAGAAAAC